UGACUUGUUCAAGGGCACUUCAGUCAUGGACUGUCAGCCAAGGGGAUCGAACCGGCAACCUUCCAGUCACAGGGCUGGUUCCCUAACCUCCAGCCCACUACUGCCCCAACUUAAUGACUGUUAUGUUUAAGGACAAAAUCAACUUCCAUUUUUGCUUCAGGUCUGAAAAAUUAGUUGUAUCUGUCCAUCCUUCCACUGUAAGGACAUGACUCAGCACUAUGAGGCUGAAAGGAUGUGUCGCUGUUAAGAAGCUGUUACUGAGAAAAAGAAAUAUACAAAAAUGUCAUAAAAGUGGCAAAAAUGAAAAAAAAAAAAAAGCAGAUGAAAAUUUGCAUAUCAAACAAAGAAACUGAUGGACCGACAAACUGCACCAUCAGUGAAUGUGUCUAGGUUUGUUUGAAUUGUGAGAAACAGAAAAUGCAACCAACAUCUAAGACUGAACUUUAGAGGUGUGGAAAAAUAUCUCUGCAGAUUUCUUUGAAAAACUGAAAGCUACAAUACAGACAAAAUGCGAGACACUAAAUAGUAAAAAUGUCAUGCUGUAUUUUUUUGUUGAAUAAGUAAUAAGAAAAUGAAUAAGCUGUACUUUAUGGCUAUUUUCACUAGAAAUCUGGAAAUGAAAUGAAGGGCGGUGUCUGACUUAUUCAGAGUGCUGUAUAGUGCAGUGUAUAUACGCCGUUUUCUUUAAAGUCUAUGAAUCACUUUUUUGGUUGUUUUUUCACUAUUGAAAAUAAAUUGUGAAGAUUAAUCAGUGCAAGUAAAAUAGUCCACAGAGUAAUAAUUUACUAAAUCAUCAAUUGCCAGUUCAGACCGUGCCUUUAACAUGUGGAGGUGGUGUGAGGGAAGAGGGAUUGAGGGAGGAGAGAGAACUUUGGGCUGGAUUUCUGGGCGGGUUCUGCCUGUAGCUAUAAGGCCGGACUGGCGUAGGACUGUCAUUGCAACAGGAAGGUGGAGGUGGGGAUUGUGAGAAUUUUUUCAUGGAAAACAGAAGGUGAGGAUGUGAUAUGGGGGUUUGAUUGGAAGAAGGUGGGGUUUCAGGCGUGUUCCUCCUCCUAAACUUUGGUUAUUCCAUAACUCCCUGUAGCUGCAUUCCUAAAAAUCAUCAAAUAAAUUUGUCUGACAUUUGCAUGAUGAUAAUUCAUGUUUUAAAUUCUCUUGCUGGUUUCCUACAGAGCCUGACAGACACAUCUAUUUAUAUUCUUUUAAAAAAUAAAAGGACGUCUCUACUGUCUUUUUCCAGUGAAGUGUCCUGGAGUCUUAUUAUUUGAUUAAUCAUCAAAAUAUUCAGUAGAUUAAAUGAUGACCGUUAUGAUGAUACAAUUGAUAGUGACUGCCUAAAGAGUAGAAGCCAGAUUACCUCUACUGUGUCCACGCAACAGCAGUAUGUUGGAAUGUCUAACAUUAUCGGGCCAUAUAGGGUGUUUCUGUUUUAAGCUCUCAAACCUCAGUAACCUGUUGCUGGAUCCAGAGUUCAGCUCGUCAGUGUCCUGAUAACAUUAUUUUAUUGUAUGUUAAUUUUAUAUAGUUUACAUAGUUUCAUAAAUUAGCUACUAAGUAAAGAUCCUUGAGAUUAAUAACUGAUUAAUAAGUCAGCAGUUAUAGAAGCUAUUUAAAUGAUGUGUGAACUCUCUUCCGUAGCCGAUGUUGUCAGUGACUGAACGACUUCAUCGACUAAUCGUGGCAGAGCUAAUAGCACUUGUAGUGAAGCAGAUUUUUUGGGGGGCUCUCGGCUCGGCUUCCUUUCCUCCAGAGCCACGUGUGAUACAAUCUUAAUUGAUUUCACGCUUUGGAGGGCAUUCUGCGAGCUGAUCUCAGCUUCCAUCUGGUCCUGCAGCCCGGGAUGACCCCAUUUCGCUGUGUUAUGCAGCUCCAGGGGGACCUGUCCCCCCACCUCUCGCCCAUCCAGGGACGUGAGGAGCGAAGGAGGGCGAGGGCAAGAUUCGCCGCCCCGUGCCCACACACACAUACACACACACGCACACACACACACACACAUACACACAUUGUACUGCUAUCCCCUCAUGCAUGCCACGUACUGCAUUUCCUCUUAAACCGUUGUAGGUCACUCGACACUUCCAUUUUGGGAAAAGGAGGGCUUGCGGGGAUGUUUCGCCCUAGAAAAGAAAUAAUUAUCACCUCUCCCCAAUUCCCAAUUAUUAUGAACAGGGCUUAGUUAAGAAAAAGGAUCAUGACGGUGGCUGUCGGUGGGAGGCGCGUGGGCUGGAGGCCACUUUAGGGAGGCGGCGAGGAGUCCAGCACGGCUUGCUCUGCCCGAGGACACACGCAGAGAGAGAGAGAGAGAGAGAGCCAGAGAGAGAGCGAGGGAGAGAGGCACACAGGAGGCGGCUCCACUGGGGGUUGAAGUGUGAAGUGUGUGCAGCGUGCACUACUUCCUGCCGCAGGUAGGAGCUGUCACAGUGCUCUUGAGUGCGGCAAGAGCUGGAAGCUCUGAAGCAUCUCACGCUCUCACCAAGGAGCCUCAAGUCACGCCUCAGCCAUGGAGAAGUGUUGUUCGGAGUGUCCAGAGCCCAGAGUGGCCCAGAGUUUGUGCACCUUUUGCAACAAGUGGCUCUGUUUCCAGUGCACAGACCUGCACCAGCACGACAGAGCUUCGGCUCAGGCCUCGGAAUCCCGCCUCCACCAGACAGCCAGCAGCCCACCAGUGCCGUCUGAAACAGGUUCAGCUUGUUGUGGGCAUGCUGUCGUCAUGUGUCCAAUCCAUAAGCAGGAGCCUUUGGAACUCUUCUGUGAGACAUGUGACCUCAUGGCCUGCAGCAUCUGUCAUCUGUCUUCCCACAAGGACCACCGGUUGGUUCACGUCAACAAGGCUUUACAGGAUCAGCGAUGGCUCCUGGAGAAUCUGAUGGCUCGGGUAGAGGAGAAAAGAUCAGCUGUGGAGAACACCGCCAAGCAGAUCCAGGGCAGACUUCAUGGCGUAAAGAUCACACAGAGGAAGACAGAGAACCAGAUUAAAAUGGCCAAGAUGAUUAUGAUGAAUGAGCUGAACAAACGGGCCAACCUAUUAAUAGAGCAACUGGAGAGUAUCUCCAGUGGCUUUAAGCAGCGCCUAGAGGACCAGUUACAGGGGGCGAUAGAGCUGUGCAGUCAGCUGGAGCACAUACAGAACUUCAUUACCUGGGCAGUGGCCCAUCACAGGAGGAACCCACUGCUGUUCAGCAAAGAGCUGAUUGCUCUUCAAAUGCAGCAAUUACUGGAGCCUCUGAUACACUCAGAAGCCUGGGCCCCUUUGAAAAUUAAGUUUAACUGGGAUGCCAGCUUCUGGACCAAGCAGAUCUCCACUCUUGGUCAGCUUAGUGUUGAGGGCGGAAGCCGUUCAUACUCUGAGGGCAUGGGCCGACCCAGUAUCCUGAGACCGCAGCCCGUGGCCUGCAUGGCCAUGUCCUCCCUGUGCCAUUCAGUCCGAGAGCCAGACUGUGCCUACCAGGCCUUUUGCCAGCCACAGCUCUGCUGCCUUCACUGCAGACCCGCCCAGUCUGUGCAGCUGGAAAAAUACCCAGCGCCGCUGGACAAGUACGCAGUCCAGUGCCCCCAACAACCCAGGUGCAUUUCUCCAACGAGACUCCAGAGGCGCUGGGAGCCUGAGAGCACAGCCUUGCAGCCUCAGUCUAUGGUGCAUUCUUCUCAGCGCCCUACAUCAUCCCCUGUGCCUGAGCCCAUCCAGCUGAGCCCAGGCAGAGCUCCACUUCAACAGCCUUCUAGGUCAAACCACCAGCCGCAGAAUGAGCAGCUAUCUGCCAUCACCGACCAGGCUGCCGCGAGCAACAGAGCCUCCACAUUUGGUCAGUCUCCCCACAGCCAAGAACAGGUGUCCACGGACCUCGAAACCAUUCUACACAAGCAACUGCAACAAGAUCAGCCUACGGCACAGCCGAGCACAGAGUCCAACCCUACACCAGCACCAGAGCAGCAGUCUCUCACAAACUGUCAAGAUGAAGAUAGGAGUUCCCCGGGGUUGGAUGUGCACAUGCUGGCUGGAGGAUGUGCAGCUGAUGCUCAGAUACAGGCCAGUCCAGAGAUGAGGACCAGAUCCAGCAGUGUCCCAGCAGAGUUAAGCUCACCAUGUGAUGGCCCUUCUGACUCCAGGCCUACUGGGGAUGCCCACUGUCUAGCAACGGUGACUCGGGAGCAAAGAUGCACAGCACAACAGACAGACUGUGCACAGCCCAAAGCAAGAAGGCCACGGUCAGAUAGCAGAGUAGUGCAAGUCCAUCUGCACAACAGUAACAGUUCUUCUCUGACCACCUACAAGACGGAGCCAGAUAAUGUCUACGCGUAUGCCUAUGAAAAUACAGGCUUAAAGUCUAGGACAAAAUGCAGGAUGUCAAGAGAAGUUCAGGAAACCAGUAGCAGAGAAGCUCCAGAGGGUUCUAAGGUCCCAGUUGUGUGCCUGGAGCGACUGAAGAUUCUGGUGUCUAAAUGCCCACCACAGGGACAUCAGAAGAUCGGUUCUCCCACUGAUUCAAGCCUGAAGUCUGAAGGAGCUGCCUCUCAGGAACUACAGAAAGAACUUCCCACUGAGGAGGUGUCCAGUGGAGAACCAGUCGAUGGAGCAGAGGACGGUGUACUACGUAGGCAGCCACCACAAGCAGAGAAUGUGCAAUGCAGUACUUCUCCUGGCAUGUCAGAGCUACAAGUGCAGGAACUGUGUAACCAGGACAAGGACAAGGAAUGCACAGAGGCAGACACUCCACCUAUCCAAUCCAGUGAUGCAGAACCUUCCUCCCAGCCUGAAUCUGAAGAAGAACAUACUUCAGACCGCAAUCUAUCUGAACCCAGAUCAGUGCCACUGUCUGACUCACAUCUAGAAUCCACGACAGAGGCUGAAUUUGCCUCGGAGGCAGAAGUUGAAUCGGAACUCCAAGUAGAAUCGGAUCUGAGCAUUGAAUCGGAACAACAAGUUGAAUCAGACUUGGAACCACAAGUGGAGUCGGACUUGGAGUCGGUUCAGCCCCCUGAUUUGGAGCUCUCAGUGGACUCUGAACCAGAGCUGGAAUCAGAACCUGAUUCAACAGCAGAAGUGACUCUGAAUCUCGAGCAGGACUGUGAAUGGGAGGCGGAGCAUCAAGUCGCUACUGACUCAAAUGCCGGGUCUGAUGUGGCCACAGUAGAUCAGGGUGCAGAGGAAGCCAUAGAGAUGGAGAACGAGGAUUUCUGCGCUGUCUGCCUCAUUGGAGGGGACCUGCUAUGCUGUGACCGUUGCCCCAAGGUCUUCCACCUGGCCUGCCAUGUGCCAUCUCUCCUCAGCUUUCCCACAGGUGACUGGGUGUGCACUCUGUGCAGAGAUGUGCAGCAGCCGGAGGUAAACUAUGACUGCGAGGAUGUUCGAUUGCCAACAGCCCUUGUGCCAUCUGGACUGUCUGCAUAUGACCAGAGGAAAUGUGAGAAGCUGACUCUGCUUAUCUACAGCAACAUUCUCAGCGCUCCUUUCCAUGAGCCUGUCAGCCCACUGGCCCGUCAUUAUUAUCAGAUCAUCAAGAGGCCCAUGGACUUAUCUGUUAUCCGAAGUAGGCUCAACAAAAGCAGCCUGUCACACUACAACUCCCCCAGCGAGUUUGUGGCUGACAUCCUCCUGAUGUUUAAAAACUGUGCCAAGUUCAACUACCCGGACUCUGAAGUAGCUCAGGCAGGCCACAGUCUGCAGGCCUUCUUCUGCUCUAAGCUGAGUGAGGUGUUCCCAGAGCUGAGCUGCGCUGCUCCUGAGGACGACUCGGACAGCGAUGAGUAUGAGGAGGCUGAGCGGACGGCCGCAGCCGGCUUUCCUUGGCCCGAGAGGAGAGAGCAGAGCCACAGGAAAAGGAAGAGGAGGCACUCGCUCAACUGGAGGAGGCACCAUUAUUAGCUCUGCCUUACAGAAUGGACAGAAAAGACUUAAUUUUAUAAGCCACACAUGCUCCAAGGUGACUUUUUAAAAAAGGUUAUAUCUCCAGCUUUUGUAAACAAAUCGGUCACGUUAUGCUAUUGCAUAUUACAUAACUGGAAGUUGGUCUUUGGAAUAUAAGCCGAGUUUUAGCUUAAUCUUUAUGCUAUGCUGUUCUACACUAGUAUGUACUUCAUGUCAGUGCAUAUAGAGCUUUUAUUUGGAGUUGUUUUUGAUAACGGACUGGUUGCUGGCGACUGCUAUUCGGUAGACAUAGACGAUGUUGAUUGGUAAUAUGAUAUAUUUAUUAUAGAGAAUGUGAUAUUGUAUGGGUUUUGUAUGCUUAUAUGCCAUAUAUGUAAUAAUGACGGUACUAACUCCAGCUUUGUUUUUUUAUUGUACUAACUCAAUUGACCUGCAGAGGGAGCUCUUUGUAUAGCCUUAAACAACAAAACUCAGUUCACAUUGGACAUAAAGAGAUGUUGAGUCAAUUUAACUAUUAAUGAAGGCGAAAUAUUACUCCUGUUCCGGAGAGAAGUGGAUUCUAAUUGGAUGUUGCCAGGUGACCCCUCAUAUAUUUUAUAAUGGUUCUAAAAUAUUCAAGCAGUUUCUUUCUCAGGUGGAAUGGAAGGAGUGGAAGCUUUAGUGUGGCAUCUCCCUCCAUGUAAUUCAGUGACAGGGUACGUGAGUAAUCAAAUGUAGAUACAUCUUCUAACUUUGUAAUACUGCUCAUUCAUACCUGCUAGUACUGCUGUGUAGAAUAUAUCUCUCUCAUAAUCAUAUAUGCUGUAAUUAGUUGGAUUGUUGCAAUGUAUUCAAACUAAAAUAUAUCAAGACAUGAAUAUGCA